CACACAGUCGCAAGCUUGUGUUUUUUAACCGAUUCGCUCGCUCGCUCUCUGCAAUUACCGUUUUAACUCACUCGCUCUCUACGGUUCGCUUUCUCUGCAAUUAUCUUUACGAGUUUCAAUGGCGGACGCAGAAACCUUCGCUUUCCAGGCUGAGAUUAACCAGCUUCUCAGCCUCAUCAUCAACACGUUCUACAGCAACAAGGAGAUCUUCUUGCGUGAAAUCAUCAGCAACGCUUCUGAUGCUUUGGAUAAGAUUCGAUUUGAGAGCUUAACGGAUAAGAGCAAGCUCGAUGCUCAGCCAGAGCUCUUCAUUAGGCUUGUCCCCGACAAGGUUAACAAGACGCUAUCCAUCAUUGAUAGCGGCGUUGGCAUGACCAAAGCAGAUUUGGUCAAUAAUUUGGGUACCAUUGCGAGGUCCGGGACCAAGGAGUUUAUGGAGGCGUUGCAGGCUGGUGCUGACGUCAGCAUGAUUGGUCAAUUCGGUGUUGGGUUCUACUCUUCGUACCUCGUUGCCGAGAAGGUUAUUGUCACCACCAAGCACAAUGAUGAUGAACAGUACAUUUGGGAAUCGCAGGCUGGUGGCUCCUUCACCGUUACGAGGGACACCAGUGGCGAGCAACUCGGUAGGGGAACCAAGAUCACCCUUUUCCUCAAGGAGGAUCAGUUGGAAUAUUUGGAGGAGAGGAGGAUCAAGGAUCUUGUGAAGAAACAUUCCGAAUUUAUUAGCUAUCCUAUUUACCUUUGGACUGAGAAGACCACCGAGAAAGAGAUCAGUGAUGAUGAAGAUGAUGAGCCCAAGAAGGAGGAAGAAGGGGAAGUUGAGGAUGUUGAUGAGGAGAAGGAGAAAGGUUCUAAGAAGAAGAAGAAGAUAAAGGAGGUUUCUCACGAGUGGGAACUCAUCAACAAGCAGAAGCCAAUUUGGAUGCGAAAGCCAGAGGAGAUCACCAGGGAUGAAUAUGCUUCUUUCUACAAGAGCCUGACAAAUGACUGGGAAGACCACUUGGCCGUGAAGCAUUUCUCUGUGGAAGGCCAGCUUGAAUUCAAGGCUAUUCUCUUUGUUCCGAAAAGGGCGCCUUUUGAUUUGUUUGAUACCAGGAAGAAGAUGAACAACAUUAAGCUUUAUGUUAGAAGGGUCUUUAUCAUGGACAAUUGUGAGGAGCUCAUGCCAGAGUACCUUGGAUUUGUGAAAGGUGUUGUUGACUCUGAUGACUUGCCACUCAAUAUCUCUCGUGAGAUGUUGCAACAGAACAAGAUCUUGAAGGUGAUCAGGAAGAACCUUGUGAAGAAGUGCAUUGAGAUGUUCAAUGAGAUUGCGGAGAACAAGGAAGAUUACAAUAAGUUCUAUGAGGCUUUCUCGAAAAAUCUGAAGUUGGGUAUCCACGAGGAUAGCCAAAACAGGACCAAGUUGGCUGAUUUGCUCAGAUACCACUCUACAAAGAGUGGAGAUGAGUUGACGAGCUUGAAGGACUAUGUUACCAGAAUGAAGGAGGGCCAGAAAGACAUAUUCUACAUCACUGGAGAGAGCAAAAAGGCUGUGGAGAACUCUCCAUUCUUGGAGAGACUCAAGAAGAAGGGUUAUGAGGUGCUCUAUAUGGUGGAUGCCAUUGAUGAAUAUGCCGUUGGACAACUGAAAGAGUAUGAUGGCAAAAAAUUGGUUUCAGCUACCAAGGAAGGAUUGAAAUUGGAUGAUGAGACUGAAGAAGAGAAAAAGAAAAAGGAGGAAAAGAAGAAGUCAUUUGAGGACCUCUGCAAGACCAUCAAGGAGAUCUUGGGAGAUAAGGUUGAAAAGGUAGUUGUCUCAGACAGGAUUGUUGAUUCCCCUUGCUGUUUGGUAACUGGUGAAUAUGGAUGGACUGCAAACAUGGAGAGGAUCAUGAAGGCUCAGGCUUUGAGAGACACCAGCAUGAGUGGUUACAUGUCAAGCAAGAAGACGAUGGAGAUCAACCCUGAUAAUGGCAUUAUGGAGGAGUUGAGGAAGAGGGCUGAAGCCGACAAGAAUGAUAAGUCAGUUAAAGACCUUGUUUUGCUUCUCUUUGAGACAGCCCUCUUGACCUCAGGUUUUAGCCUUGAUGAUCCCAACACCUUUUCUGCGAGGAUUCACAGGAUGCUGAAAUUGGGUCUCAGCAUUGAUGAGGAUGAGACUGGAGGGGAUGAUGUUGACAUGCCUCCGUUGGAAGAGGACGGUGCCGAGGAGAGCAAGAUGGAGGAAGUGGACUAAACGACUGAAGGUCUAAUGUCUAUAGUUGAUAAUGGAUGAUGGUGUCUUAGUUUGUUAAAUGAUGGUGGAUACUAAAGUUUUGUUCUGUAGUUUUUUUUGUCUUUAUUUCGCUUUUGGAUUUUUAGUAGUGUGAUGUGAAAAUUUGUCUGCGUUGCAUCUUUUUAGUUUGUCAGUAAAUCUUAUAUACAUCUAUGAAAACAUCGAGGUUUCUACUUGCAACCUUGACUGAUUUUAAGAUUGAUGUCUUAUGCAC